GCUGUCACCAGCCCGGCGAGCUGCUGGCCUGCUCCGGCUGCCCAUCCGCCCGCCACAGCAAGUGUCUGACGGAAGCCGAGCGUCAGACGCCCUUCACCUGCCCACAGUGUCAGAUGGCCGCAGCGGAGCAAUGUGAUAUCAAGAAGAAAACACUCAACACGCUUUUGGGGUACACCGUUCUUCGCCUUAAAGCAAGGAUGCUGCCGCUGACGGCGGAGGACGCCGGCGUGCUCUCCCCCAGCUCGGACCCCGAGCAGCGCUUCCGCACCGCCUACCUGCUCUACCGGCCGCUGGAGAUCUUCGACAUCGAGGACAAGCUUGACAGACAGGUGUACAGCAAGCUGUCGGAGUUUGAAGGUGACGUGCGGUUGAUGGUGCACAACAUUAUCGUCAUGAACGGAGCGGAGUCGCAGGCGGCGGCGGUGGCCGGCCAGGUGCUGCAGGACUGUCUGCAUGACGUCCAGGAGAUCCGCAUCUGCCGCGAUUGCUACCGCAUGUCCAACGAGAAGCCCGGCAAGAACUGGUUCUGUCGGCCCUGCCGGCCGCCGCACGAGCUCGUCUUCGCCAAGCAGAAGGGCUACCCGUUCUGGCCCGCCAAGGUGAUGAAGACGGAGAACGACAUGUUUGAUGUGCGAUUUUUCGGCGAGCCUCACGAGAGGGCGUUCGUGACGCGGGGGCAGAUCCGGCCCAUCACUACCUCGCUGCAGGCGCUACAGAUCAAGCGAAGCAACCCCUGGACGCGCGCCCAUGACGAGCUGAAGCGGCACCAGGCGCAGCUGCGCCGCGUGGAGGAGCAGCCGUCGCUGCUCAACUCCGACUCGGAGCCGGGACUCGAGUCAGAGCCAGAGUCGACCGACUCGCCGCUGCGGGAGGGCGCCGCCCCGCCUCCGACCAAGCGACGUCGCAGGGCCUUCGAUCCGGACGAGGAUGGCCUGGUCGAGGUCAAGGACUGCUCCAUCGUCGUCCAGAAGGUGGAGAACGACAAGCAGCCGGCCUGCCUGCCGUCGCCCGACGACCAGGUGACGUCAUCGUGCCAAGAGCCACAGCCGCGCACCGUCGCCACCCAGACGCCGGCCAAGUUCCUGCGCACCGGCGCCACCGAGCAGCAACACCCGAGCCCGGCCGUCAGCGAGGAGCGCGUCCGUCAGCUGGAGAAGGAGCUGGAGCGGGCGCGCCAGGCGCACAAGCAGGAGCUGGCCAGCCUGGAUACCCAGUACCGCCAGCAGCUGUCCGCCUCCAAACGCAAGCAGUGGUGCUUCAAUUGCGAACAGGAGGCCAUCUACCACUGCUGCUGGAACACCGCCUACUGCAGCACCGAGUGCCAACAGGUCCACUGGCACAAGGAGCACAAGCGUGUCUGUCGCCGUAAGCGCACGCUGUGAGCGGGGUCCCGGAGGGGUGAGACGGCCGGAGCGGCCGUGCCGGGCCCCGGCUGCCGUGUGCGGCGGGCGAACGGCCGUCAGCGGCGCCUGCGGACGCUCGUCAUGUGGCGGCGUACCCGCGAGAACGGAGCCACCCGCCGACCGGCUACCGUGGGCGACAGUGUGCCGACCUGCGGACCGAGAUUGGCCGGGCGCGCGACGUCACGCCUCGCCGCCACAGUCAGUCCAGACGCCUCGGGACCCGGCGGCCGGGCCCUGUAUACUGAGCUUAGCCAUAGGGGUUCUGCGUAUCAUGUGCUUACCUGUCCUGUCCCAUUCUUGUUCGGCCUCUCCCCAGCCUACGAGUGAACAGGCUUGCCAGAUCGUGGCCCUGCCGGUCCAGAGCACGGGCAUUGUCUCUAGCAAAUCGUGGGGUGCCAGCCUGUCAGCGCCGCCUCUGUGAAGGCAGAAGUCACUGGGCCUGUGGACGUGCCGGCGGCGGGGCCCACCCAGCGCCCGUCCGGUGACGGGAGAUUCCGGCGUGCCAGUGAGGCUCGUGUGCCACUGUCGCUGCCGGGGGGCACGGGUUGCAGCGGCCGCGCUCAGCUGCGGCGAGAGGCGACGCGUUCGUGUAAAUACCGUAGCCAGGGCAUUGGAUCGGUCUUUCGCUCGGCGGGCCGCGGCGGACACCAGGGCGGCGCAAGUGGCCAGGCGCGGCGCCACGCUAGUCGGCAUGUGUGCUGUGCAUCGAUGACGAGUUAAUCCCGGCUUGGCCUCCCACACACUGCACCCCGUGCAACCAUCGUGUCGAUCAUGCAGCAUGCAGUGAUUUGGGCUCAUUUGUGACCGAGUGUGGUAUCCAGGCGUGGCGGAGCCGGCCGAUUGUAUGACGUUUGCGACGUGUUAUGUUAGAGUGUGAUGUGUUUACGCUAUGCACCGGCCGGGACGCGUCAGUGAUUUUAGUGUGCGCACCCGUGUCUAUGAGGUCCCCAGCAUGGACCGACCGGACAGGCUGCUACCGCACCAAUCAUAGCAAAUCGUUGUGAGUCGUGCAAUGACGCAUUUCCGUAGUGUUGCCCAGUGAACGUGUGCCACAACGGGAUGGUUAUCCAGAGGCUCUUUCUGUGCACGUGUGUGUGCUCUGUGUGACCGAUCGUUGGUCUUAUCUGUCCUGAAUUUGCGUACACGUGCCUGUGUAUGGGUCUCUCGGACGAUGUUUCAAUAUUCGGAUAAUCGCCAUUGCAAGGCCUCGAAUCACCCCAUUUCUCCAACGCCCAGCCUUCACCGGUUCAGACGUGCUGUGUGCCGGUGCGUCCUGUUGAUCCGUAGGGCGUCCUUCACAGGGCCUGUCGGUCCGUAGGGUGUUCUUCAGGGCCUGCCGGUCCGUAGGGCGUCCUUCAGGCCCUGUCGAUCCGUAGGGCGUCCUUCACGGGGCCUGUCGAUCCGUAGGGCGUCCUUCACGGGGCCUGUCGGUCCGUAGGGUGUCCUUCAGGCCCUGUCGGUCCGUAGGGCGUCCUUCACGGGGCCUGUCGGUCCGUAGGGCAUCCUUCAGGGCCUGUCGGUCCGUAGGGCUGCCUCCGCUGGGCUUGUGGGUCCAUAGGGCUGCGUUCGCGGAGCGUGUACUCUGUUCCAUCGUUAUCACGGCACGUGUGGAAGGGGUGGCGUGUCGCUGGGCUGAAGCGGCCAGCGUUCACUACCACUGGAUCUUGCCCAGGCGCGCGUUGUUGUAAUACAUGU